AUGCCGAACUCAAAACGCAAACACUUCGAUAACGAGCCACCUUUAAAUAACGCCACUCAACAGCCAUUCUGGAAUCAAACAGGUUGCCACACAUGGUUCUCUGCUUCAGUGUCUAUGAAACUGUCAACAAGGCCGAAAGCUUAUUCGAAGCCAACACGACGUCUAUGGCGUGACAAAAUGAGCCACAUUACAUCAUCAAUAAUGAGAGAAGCCGAAAGGCCAUCAAGGAAAGAAGCAAAUAAAUCCGUCAAAAAGACAGAAGGCUUUCGGCAGCUUCGUCUCGCGCAUCAUAAAGCGUUUCAAGAAUAUGCAUUUCUCAGCAAGUGGCACAUUUAUAAAAAGUUUGAUGUCUUGUGGAACACCGAGCUUGAUAGAGAUAUUAACGGUGCCGAAACAUAUUAUCUCGCCAUUUUACGUUUCAGCAACAUUCACAAGGAGAGCCAGCACUCGCUAGCGCUGAGGCCUAUCCCUGAGACUUUAAUGGGUCCUUGCAGUACUUGUGCAUUCUCACAGACCUGA